GCACCUCUGGGCUCUGCUUCCACCUGCGUCCAGAAGCCUUUGCAAGCAGUCCCUGUACUGCAGAGCAGAGGGUGCUCUUGGGUUUUUUUGUUUUUUGUUUUACCUUUUGCAGAUUAAUAGAGUCUGGUUUCCUGUCAUGUUUUUGCAUUUUCCUUCUCCGCCCCUCCCAGCCUGUGACACACUUUUUCUUACUUUCUGUCUUGCCACUUGCUCAUUCUGACACUGGUGCACUUGCAUCCUGUAUUCCAGAGCCCUCUUCUCCCUAGACUCUUGGCUAUCUGCAGGGCUCUGGCCCUUGCCAUUCCCUUCCCUCCCAGCAGAUGCAGAGCAAGGUUCACCUCUCUAGGGCUCCUGCAGAGGGAUACUUACAAGUGCAUGGAGAUGACCUAGUGAAUUUCACCCAGCAGCAGGACAGCAAGUGAGCCUGGUCACUCAUGAGCACCCAAGGAGCAGAGCCAGAAAUGGAUGACUGCCUAGAGAUGCUGAAAGAUGAGGAGGAAGCCCUGUGGGAGAAUGUAGAGUGCAAUCGGCACAUGCUGAGCCGGUACAUCAAUCCAGCCAAGUUGACCCCGUAUCUGCGUCAGUGUAAAGUCAUCGACGAGCAAGAUGAGGACGAGGUGCUCAACUCGCAUAUGCUGCUCUCCAAAAUUAACCGAGCAGGCCGACUGCUGGACAUCCUUCAUACCAAGGGUCAAAGGGGCUAUGUAGUUUUCUUAGAAAGCCUGGAGUUUUACUAUCCUGAACUCUACAAACUGGUGACGGGGAAGGAGCCCACACGGAGAUUUUCUACCAUUGUCGUGGAGGAGGGACAUGAGGGUCUCACCCAUUUCCUAAUGAAUGAAAUCAUUAAGCUACAGCAGCAGGUGAAGACAAAGGAUGUGCAGCGUUGUGAACUCUUGGCCAAGUCCCGCCAGCUGGAGGAUGACAGGAAGCAGCUGAAAUUGAACAAUAUAGAGUUGCUGACCUUCCAGGAGAGAUACAACAAGAUGAAGGAGGAAAGGAACAACUACAACGAUGAGCUGAUCAAGGUGAAGGAUGAGAACUACAACCUGGCCAUGAGAUACGCCCAGCUGAGCGAAGAGAAGAACAUGGCUGUGAUGAGGAGCCGGGACCUCCAGCUAGAGAUUGACCAGCUGAAGCAUCGGUUGAAUAAGAUGGAGGAGGAAUGCAAGCUGGAGAGGAACCAGUCACUGAAGCUGAAGAAUGACAUUGAAAACCGACCCAAGAAGGAACAGGUUCUGGAGUUGGAGCGGGAGAAUGAGAUCAUGAAGACCAAAAUCCAAGAAUUACAAUCUAUCAUUCAGGCUGGCAAACGUAGCUUGCCAGAUUCGGACAAAGCCAUCUUGGAUAUCUUGGAGCAUGACCGUAAGGAGGCGCUAGAGGACCGCCAGGAGCUGGUCAACAAGAUUUUUUAUCUCCAGGAGGAGAUCCGUCAUGUGGAGGAUCUGAGAGACAAGUAUCUUGAGGAGAAAGAAGACCUGGAAUUAAAGUGCUCAACUCUGGGGAAAGACUGUGAGAUGUACAAGCACCGUAUGACCACUGUGAUGAUACAGCUUGAGGAGGUGGAGAAGGAGCGAGACCAGGCAUUUCGUUCCCGAGAUGAGGCACAGACCCAAUACUCACAGUGCCUGAUUGAGAAGGACAAGUACAGAAAGCAGAUCCGGGAGCUGGAGGAGAAGAACGAUGAACUUCGGAUCGAGGCAGUCCGGAAGGAGGCUUGCAUUGUUAACCUGGAGUGCAAACUCCGACGACUCUCUAAGGAGAACUGUCAUGACCAGAGUUUACCAAGGAAUCUGCCGGUUACCAUUAUUUCCCAGACCUUUGGUGCUCCUGGCCCCAAAGCCAAUGGUCAGGAAGCAGAUGACUCCUCCACCUCUGAAGAGUCAGCAGAAGACAAUAAAUUCUUCCUCCUUGAUCAGUCUCGACUUAAGAGAAGAAUGAACCUGAAGGGAAUCCAGCUACCACGAGCUAAAUCCCCCAUCAAUACAAGCAAAGCAUCAGAUUUUCAAGCAGUCAGAGCACAGGAUGAAGACGGGGCUGAUGCCAGCAGCAGCCGCACAGACACCAGUUCCUCCAAUCCUGUUUCCAUCAAUAACUCAGUCAGCAGCUGUGAAGUUGGCAAAAUUCAAACCCUGAGAAAUCGCAACCACAGUAUCAUGUCCACCACUCCAGAACCUCCAGGAAAUGACUCAAUCGUCCGACGGUACAAAGAAGACGCUCCUCAUUGCAGCCUGGCUGAGGAGGACAAUGACAGCUUUAGCUAUGAUACUUUGGAACUAGAUGAUGAGAGUCAUGACAGAUACUCGCAUGGAGCUCCCUCAGUGCACUCCUCCUCUUCCUCUCACCAGUCUGAAGGCAUGGAAGCCUAUGACCUUGAGCAUGUCAGCUCCAUUUUUAGGAAGUUCUCUCUGGAAAGACCUUUCCGUCCUUCUGUGACGUCUGUUGGUCGCAUUAAGAACUCCUGCCACACUAUCCAGCGCAUCACACUGAAUGGAGACAGCCUCAACUCAGAAAUCACUCUGCUGGGGGGGAAUGACAAAGGAAGCUUCAUCAGCUCUGUCAAGCUGGGAUCCCAAGCAGAGAAAGCGGGCCUCCGGGAGGGACAUCAGCUGCUUCUGCUGGAAGGCUGCAUCAAAGGGGAAAAUCAGAGCGUUCCCUUGGAUACCUGCACAAAGGAAGAAGCACACUGGACAAUUCAGAGGUGCAGUGGACCAGUAACACUCCAGUAUAAAUCAAACCAUGAAGGUUACAGGAAACUGCUGUCGGAACUGGAUGAAGGAUUGAUCACGUCAGGGGACUCAUUUCACAUCCGUCUGAAUCUGAACAUCUCUAGCCAGCUGGACUGCUGCUCCCUGUCGGUGAAGUGUGAUGAGAUUGUGCAUAUUCUUGACACCAUGUACCAGGGGAAGUGUGAGUGGCUGUGUGCCAGAGUUGACCCUUUCACUGACAGGAACCUGGAAACGGGGACCAUCCCCAGCUACAGCAGAGCCCAGCAGCUCUUUCUGGUGAAGCUACAGCGAUUGAUGCACAGAGGCAGCAGGGAUGAGACGGAAAGUUCAUCCAACACUCUUCGAGCACUCCGGAAUACACUGCAGCCAGAGGACGCACAGAAUGACCCCAAAGCCAGCCCUCGCCUCUCCCGUGCAAGCUUCCUUUUGGGACAAAUUAUACAGUUUGUUAGCAGGUCUGAAAACAAAUACAAACGUAUGAACAGCAAUGAGCGAGUCCGCAUUGUCACUGGCUAUUCCUCCAGUCUGGCCCGGACCUCUUCUGAAGCAAUGAAGCUGUUGCCUGAUAAACUGGAAGAUUUGGAUUCAGAAAGUGAAAUCAAUAAGAGCCUAAGUCUGAUCCCCUAUAGUUUGGUGCGACCAAUCCACUGUGACCGGAGGCGCCCGGUCCUCUUCACUCCCACUAUGCUUGCAAAGACCUUGGUGCAGAAGCUUCUCAAUUCUGGAGGUGCCUUGGAAUUCAACAUGUGCAAGCCAGAUAUUGUAACAAAGGAAGAGUUCCUAAGGAAGCAAAGGACAGAGACUAUCAUCUUUUCCAGAGAGAAGAAUUCAAACACCUAUGAAUGCAUUGUACCUGCCAAUAUUGAGGCCGUCACUGCCAAGAAUAAGCAUUGUCUGCUGGAAGCUGGAAUAAGCUGCACAAAGGAUUUAAUCAAAGCCAAGAUAUAUCCCAUUAUUCUCUUUAUCAGAGUCUCAGAGAAAAACAUCAAGAGGUUCAGGAAGCUGUUGCCAAAGCCAGAGACUGAGGAGGAGUUCCUACGCAUGUGUCGCCAGAAGGAGAAAGAACUGGAGGCACUACCGUGCCUUUAUGCCCCCCUAGAGGCAGACAUGUGGAGCAGUAUUGAGGAUCUCAUCCGAAUAAUCAAGGAGAAGAUUGGGGAAGAGCAGCGUAAAACCAUCUGGAUAGACGAAGAUCAGCUAUAAAAAUAGCAGCAAAUAAAAUGGAGCUCAGCGGCAAUGAAAGGACACAGUAAAGUGGAGCUGGGGCUUUCAGAAUUCUCUGAUGCAGUGCCGGCCGCUCCUGUUUCAUCUUUGCUGGCUGGGGACUCUUUCUGCUGGCAGAAUUUGUGUGUCGAAUGGAAUCAGAGCUGUGUGUUUAACAGUGAGUGUCACAGAUGCUAGGUAGCGAGGACAUGGAUGAGAACGCUGCUACCAGCAUAGCGUCGGAUUCCCCCAUUCAGAGUCGGCAGCUGUUUAACACACGAGAAGGCCAAAGAUCUCGAGAGAGAGCUUGAGGUAAUUUAUUAUGUAUAAAGAUGGACCUCAUUAAUCUCCUGACGUGACCAGAGUAGUGAAAUCUAUAGGGAGAUAAAGGAUCAGGGUCAGGCUGAAGGACAUGGAACCUAUGGCGCGCCCCACGCCCAGUCCAAAGUGAGAAGCGGAGUAUGUUCCAUUAGAGAAGCUGCAAGGUGCGAGUAGCAACAGAAACACUGCAACUGAUACCCUCAGCAGCUACACAGCCCUGUGUGUAUACGUAGGUGCAGUCAUGUGGGAAGGAAAGAAAAUAACCAUUGUUCCUGGCAUUAAUGAAAAUGACAAUUUAUUUUCCCUUUAUUUUUAAACCUCAGUUCUGUUUAGCAAUUUGCCAUCCUGGCACCCUCAACAAAGCAAACUCCCAGCUCCCCAAUGGCAAAUCAAACCUUUCCAAAUGGGCCCACGCUUCACUUAGCUGAUCCCUGUUACUGUUAUUUUACUAGUCCCACGACUUCAAUCCUGAAUUUCAAAAGCAUAUUUUAAUACUAAAGCUGCUUGGUGCAAACGAUGGGAGCUGACUCCAGUUCUCUGUGACAAAAAGAUGCCAAUGGAGUUAAAAGGUAGAGUGUAUAAAACUAUAACUCAACCCAUCUUAAUCUACGGAACAGAGACUUGGCCAGCCACAAGAAAGGAAAUCAGUAUGCUCUCCGCCAUGAAGAUGUUGAGAUUGUCAAAUGGUUGGAUGCUCCAUGAUAGGAAAUGUAAUGAGGUUGUAAGGGGCCUAAUGUGGGUUGCCACAACUGAAGACAAGUUGAGGAAGGUUAGGUUAAAUCGGUAUGGAGACCUGAGAGCUAUAUCGGUAGAAUGGCUCUUGCAAUGAUUGUAGACAGAAGAGGAGAAAAGGGGAGAACAAAGACUCGGUACAUAGACCAAAUAUCUGUAGACCUCAGAGAGACCAAUCUUCAUGACAGCCGGGCAUACAAUCAUGAGUUUUGGAAGAAGGCUAUAAAAGUCGCUGACUCCAAUAGGGACGUGGCAAGAAAAAAGAAGAUGAAUUUUGGUGCACUCCUGGAAACUGGAUGUCUGCAUUUACCCCAGAGACCUACAUGCUUCCCCUGUGCUGCCAUCUGCCAACAUGCCUGCUCUGAAUAGGAGGGGCCAUUUUUAGAGGAUGAUUGGGGAAGUUCAUCCUCUAGUGGAAGUUCAGUUUUCGUGACCCAUUCAGUCCUUGGCCUCUGCCAUGAUUGCCAGCAUGGAAGCCAAUGAGUAUCACACUCAGCUGUAGACAUCUGGGGUAAAAUUUUCAAAAGUGUCUAAAUUACUUAGGAACGUAGGCCCCAUUUUCAAAGCACUGCCUUCUGUUGACAGUCAGUGGGACGUAGGUGCCUUUGUCAUCUAUGUGCUAUUGAAAAUGUUACGCCUGUACACUAGGCACCGGAUUGAAACCACCAAAUUAAUUUUCACAGCAACCUUCCAAUAAUAUGAUGUGCACCACUGCUGACCUGGAAUAAAUGAAACAGUGACCUGUGGCUUUACGUCCCUUUUCCCUUGAGUCAUCCAUGCCUCCCCAUUCGCCUCCCUUUUUAGAUGGAUUCUACACUGAAAGUUGUCAUUGUUCCUGUGCUCAUCCAAAGUCCCUGGUUUCAGUGCUUCAGGCCAGCAUGCAGCAGCUGGUAAUAAAAAGGCACACAGAGCCCAAGCCAAACAUCUGGCGCUGUCACAGUUGCUAGAUGAGUGACUGCAUUUUCCUUGGAAGGUGUCUCUGAUGUUCCUGUGUGCUGGGUAUCUCUCCACGGUGAUGCACUUUUUUCUGUCCUGGUCAGCUUGCCAGACUGUGCCUACACAUGCAGUGGUGUACUUUAUUUUUUUUUUCUUAUGGUACCUUAUAGAAAUCGUUGCCUAUUUUCCCUCUCAUUCCCUGCUACUGUGCCCAUCACAUCAUUAAUGUUUGAAAAGCUGUUCAUAGCAAGUAUUUCUCUGAGAAUAGUUAGUUGUCUGUCCUACUCCAUACGUUGGGAAUCUGCCCUCUUCUGCAGUGUAGGGGAGUAGAGAGAUUAUACCACUACUAGUAGUUUGUAAUCCUCAAAUUCUUUACAGAUUAUAGUAUACAUAUGCAAUGACAUGCAACCAUUCUGUGGCAGGGGGUAACAACCAACUGGUGAACUCAGCACAUUGCAUGAUUCUCUAGAGGGCAUUUGUCACUUACAAGAGCUGAAGGCAAUAUCAGGCAUUUUCCAGGUAUUUGUAAUGUCCUGAGACCGCAAGGCUUAGCGUAGAACCAUCUUUAUGCAGAGACUAUGGGAAGGUGGCAAUAGAGACUGAGGUUGGAUGAGAUGAUAGAACGAAUUCUUUUUGUAAAAGGAGUGACUCCAUGGAAGUGAUGCAGUCUCCUGGCACCUUAACGCACCUGCUGGGAUUUCCAAGGCUGUUGAUAUUGUACGGAAUUGUGAGCGUCUGCUGGUGUGAACUAGUGGAGUCAUCCGUAGCUCAACAGGCAGAGCUCCCAGUUCUACUACACCCAAUUGCUUUACGCAGAUGUCUGGCAACCUGUAUAGUACGUGGAAUCCUCAUCCAUUUUUCCAGGCUGAAUUACUGGAGACGGGCUGGAAGCUUUGUUCCCCAUCCGAUCCGCAGAUGUGAACUCAAGGGGCAGAGCCAGAACUGGUGUACAUUGCCAUAGCCUCAUUGAAGUCAGUGGAGUUAUCCAUGACAACAUACACAGCUGAGGGUCUGGAUCCUGAUCCAAGUGUCACCUCUCUGUAAUGGGGCAACCUAUAUGCAAACAUGCAGGCUUGAAAUGUGAAUGAGGUUUUUUCCAAAUUUGAGGGGGUUCAGCAUCUGUAUUCAAAUUCCGCCUGCUCCAGAGAUAGGUUUGAGAUCCACCCUUGGAGCAGGGGCUCAGUUCCAGGUUUUUGAUUCAUCUAGUUCUUAUUUGUGAUGUAUCUUUUCAAAUGACCAACCCCACCUCCCUCAGUCACCCAGACAUUCUUUUGAGCACAGCCAAUCUGUUAAUCAUUCUUGGGUAGCAGACAGCAUUUAUUCAGAGUUUGUAAGGGAUUAGGAGCAAUAACUAAGCAAAUUGCCCACCAGACAACUAAUUGGAAAUUGGUUUAAUUUAUUGUAGAAUAAAGAUGGGCCAAAAAUCCCAGUCUGAACUCUCCUGAGUGUGGGGGUUUGAAAUCCAGAUUAGAAUCCAAGCUUUCCCAAAUGUCAGGGUGUUCGCUCUUUAGCUCAAGGAGUUUCUCUUUGUUCUUCAUUUGUACAGCCCCUAGCACAAUGGGGGUCCUGAUCCAAUAUUGGGGCUUCUAGGUGCUACCACAAUACAAGUAAAUAAUAUCAGUAAGGCAGUCCAUUAAAGAAACAUUCAAGCUGCAAUACCACAUUCAAACUGGAAUCCAGGGUUUGAAUCUGGAGAUUUGGCUCAGGCCAUCUCUACUGAAGAUGCAUCUGAUUUGUAUAGGCCUAUAGUAAGUAAGCAAAGUUUACAUCAAACUCUUAAAAUACAAGUUGUAAUUGGAAGUUGGAAAAUGUCUCAACUUUCUUCAAAAUCUUAAAUUGAAAAGGUGAGAUUUCCAACAUCCAAGGUAAUUGCCUUGUCACUUGAUGAGCUAUUUAUUCUCUAAGAACACUUACAGAACCAGGAAAUAAAAAUCUUUUUGAAAAAUGAA